UUCUCAUGAUAGUCCUGACACCUUGUGAACGCAGGUGAGAGUUUUGCCUUCUGGCUGAUGGAUUUGUGGAGCAUCUGAUCCCGAGGGCUGGAUGUUUUGUCUAAGGAGGAGGUGAGAUCCUUUUCCGUUUGGCUACCUCAGUCGUCAACAGUGGCCUAACUAGCCACAAAUACUGGAUGGAUAAAAGGUUAAUAUCUGUGUGUGUGUGCGUGUGCGAGACGAAUCGCUCGAUAAAAGUCAAACAAGUGUGUAUAGUUACUGACUGUAUUUUGCAAUGCUGAGCCAGUCAGUUGGCUUGCGCUACAGUCCACUCCGGGUUUUCAGCGCGACCGUCUCCGGAGCCUGGAGGUGGAUAAGCUGGUAGAGCCGCUCUCUCUCGUGCCACGCUGGGCCACAAGGGCUCCGAGAGACGCUGCAACAUAUCACCGAGAACCGAGAUGGAGGAGAGGCGGAGGAGGGAGGAGAAAAGUUUCAACCUGACAGAGAAACUUUCAUCAUGAAACCUCACUGAGACUUCCAGCGGCAGUCGCUUGCUUUUCUCUGAACCAGCUUUUUUCUUUUUCCUUCAGUUUUUUUUUCCUCUUCUUAAUUCACCCACUUGGUUCUUGCGCGCUCGACACUGGCGUGGGUUCGCUGUCACUGAGAUGUUGAAGUGACCAUGGCAGCUCAAGUGGCAUCCGCUCCGACCAGAACUAACAACAAAAACAAGAAAUUGUCCAGCGGCUUGGGAGCCGAGCUCAUUCCGGGGAAGUCCGGAGGAGCAGCAGCGGGGGGCGCGCAGCGGACUGGACCGAUGCUGGGAGCCGGCGAUGGGACCGUGAACAACGUAGACCACCACCGCCGAGCCAGCGAGUCCGGCAUGGUCCAUUCAACUUCCCUGGAAGACAAGGAUGGGAAUAACCACUCGUCCACUUCGGCGUCGACUAACGUCUCCUCCAUUGAAGCGGGUCUGAUCUCGAACCACAAGCUGAAGUGCGCGGAUCCGGCGCAGCAGUUUGCGCCACAUCAGCAGCGUCAGAUCCAAAGUAACAACGUUCAGGGACCCCGUGGGGACAGGGACCAUCAACACCACGGUGGGAAAGAGAACCUGCUGGGGGGAUCCGCAGAGUCCCAGCAGCACCUGUCAGUCAAAGGUGAGGAGGAGCUCACCUGUAAGCCCGCGGAGAGGAUGAUGGGCUCCAGGUACGAGAACUCCGAGUUCAACAACAACUAUUACCCCCCCAGGGCCUGCUAUGAGCAGCAGGGCAGUCAGCAAAGCAUGGUGGUCUCCCACCCCCCAGCUCAUAACAACAUGGAGAACUCACAGGAGCCUGGGUACCACAACAGCCAGUACAACCAGUACCCGGCGUACAGGGCCGGCUACGGCGGCGGGGCCUAUGGAAUGAUGCCCCUCACUGGAAGUAGACAGCCUGGCAACAUGAUGAUGGGCAGCAAUCAUUCUUCAGCCAGCCACAGCAAGGGGGGCGGCUCUGGAGGCUUUCAAAGGUUUCCAGAGCAGCAGCAGCAGCAGCAUCCGUCGGGGGCCACCCCGACCCUCAACCAGCUGCUGACGUCCCCCAGUCCCAUGAUGAGGGGCUACGGAGGCGGCUACCAUGACUACAGCGGACCGGCUGCCACCCAGCAAGUAGGAAUGGGCCUGGGGAAGGAGAUGGGCCAUCAGUACGGAGCCAACUCGACCCACGGCUGGGGAGCACAGCAGAGAAGUCCAGGGAAUGGAGGCCAAGGACUGAGCAGGAGUCAAGUGUCCUCCAUGGACUUCAUGGCUAUGAAGCGCUCGCAGCUGUAUGGUAUGACCAAUAAUCCAUACACCACCCAGCAGCAGCCAGGAGGCGGGCCCUAUCCGCCCGGACAAUCGUACACGUCGCCUUCGCACCGAUACCCAGUCAGUAUGCAAGGACGGGGCCAAAUGAGCAUGGGUGGGAUGCAGUACCCUCAGCAGCAGCAGGUGGCGCCGUACGGCCAACAAGGGAUAGGAGGCUACAGCCAACAGCAGCAACAGGCAGGACAACAGGGAACCCCGUCGUACUUCAGCCCGCCUCAUCCCAGCCCGCAAGGCCAGAACCCAAACCCCUAUCUCCCGCCGCGGCCUCCGCCUCAGCAGCAGGAGGCCCAGCAGGACAACUACAGCAGCCGGUGUCCGGCCCCAGUCAACCCUGGAAAACCCACCAAUGAAGACGGACAGGAGCGACCCUCCAGUCUCCCGGAUCUCUCCGGGUCCAUUGAUGACCUCCCCACUGGUACUGAAGCUGGUCUGGGCUCCACUGUCAGCAACAACAACAGUGGCCAGGGCGAGCAAGGCAACUCUGCCAACCAGGGAGCCUUCUCCCCUCAUGCCUCCCCUCACCUCCACAGCCAGAGGAGCGGCCCUUCUCCUUCUCCUGUUGGCUCACCUGCCGGCUCCACUCAGUCCCAGCACUCCCGGUCUGGCUCCGGGCCCAUCUCUCCAGCCAGCGGACCUCCAGCCAACACCUCCACCCCAGGUUCCAGCUUAACUCAACAGAGCCCUGGAAAUGGACCAGACGGAGCCCAUCCUCCGCCGAUCACCCGCUCACCUAUGGCCCAAGAGAGAGGAUUCAUGCCCAACAUGCAGAGGAGUCAGCCUGGCUCACAGUUUCCCCCUCCUCCCUCUGGUCCACCUGUCUCCCCUCACCCAGCUUCUGGGGGUCCUGUGUAUCCAGGGAUGGGUCCCUACUCUCAAAGUGGCAGUACAGGUCCCUAUGGCUCACAAGGAUCACAGUACGGACACCAAGGGAGUUAUCCUCGGACCUCCAGCUACAGUGGGAACGGCAACUAUAACGGCCCUGGAUCUGGAAUGACCAACAAUCUCAACAUGAAUGCCAACAGCCCCAUGCACGGCCAGGGGCCUGGAAUGCGGCAUCACAGUGCGAGUAACCCCAACAGGGUGUAUCCCCCCAUGGCACCGUGUUCUCCCAGCAUGCCGCAGCCUGCAGCAGCUGGAAUGGGACCUCCUGUUUUGGGAAACUCGACUCGCAAAACCCAAGAGACAGGUGCAGCCCCUGUACCAAGCUCAGCCAACGCCACACACAACAGGCAGGGGAGUUAUCAAGUGGGCACCAACGCUGCGUACAGUCAGCAGACCGGCAACAACGGUGCCGUGUUGGGAAACCCUCAAGGAUCGAGCUUCAACAUGCUGCACUCAGGAGGAACUCCAGAAGUGAUGACGAGCCCAGAUGGGAAGCUGAAGACCGACAUGAAGGACGACAGCAGUGAGAAGUCAAAGCUACCAGACAGCAACAACAACAACACCAGUGGCUCCCAGCAGAGUGUGUCCCAGCCCGCUACACCCGGUGGUACCCUGCCCGUGCCCUCCCCACUCUCCCCCAGCCCCGCCAGCUUGUCCUCAUACCACGGAGACGACAGUGACAGCAUCAGCAGCCCACCAUGGUCCCUCAAAACCCCCUCUAGUCCGAAGUCCUUUGCCAACUCCUCUCUGAGCGCGGACCGAGUCGCACGACUGUUCGACAUGGGUGUGGAGCCAGAGAGGCGGGUCUGGGUGGAUCGCUACCUGUCUUUCAUGGAGGAGAGAGGGACCCCUGUCACACAACUGCCCACUGUGGGGAAGAAGCCUCUGGACCUCUGGAAGCUCUACACAUCUGUCAGGGAAAUCGGAGGCCUCGCCAUGGUAAAUAAGAACAAGAAGUGGCGCGAGCUGUCCACCACCUUGAGCGUGGGCACGUCCAGCAGCUCUGCCAGCGCCCUGAAGAAGCAGUACAUCCAGUUUCUGUUUGCCUACGAGUGCAAGAUGGAGCGUGGGGAGGAGCCUCCGGGCGACAGCAACAGCAGCAGCAGUGUGACCGGAGGAGACACCAGGAAGCAGGUCAAGAUCCAGCCGCCAUCACCUGCUAACUCGGGCGGAUCUCUUCAGGGACCACAGACCCCACUUUCGUCCGGCGGCAGCUCAACUGCAGAAGUGUCCAGUGAUAUGAAGCACCCUACCCCUGCCACCACCCCUCUGGGACAGGUCACACCACUGCCCUCCAGCAGAAGCACAGUGAGUGUACAGGACCCCUUCUCAGAGGUGAACGACCCAGCUUUCCACAAGAGAGGUACCUCUCUGCCUCCGUCGGCUCCAUACCAGCAGAACCUGGGCAUGCCAGACAUGAUGAUGAGGAUGCAGUACGAUGCCAAAGACCCCUUUGCUGGCAUGAGGAAGAUGGCGGGUGCUGACCCUUACAUACCAAGUCAGAUGCCCCAUGGCGGCGUGCAAGAUAUGUACGGACGCUCCCCAGCGGCUCUGAGCAUGAGCCAGCGCUCGCAAUAUCCGUACGGGCCGAGCUACGACAGACGACCUGACCAUGUCAUGGGCAUGGAGGGCAGCAUGGGUCCUCCUGGGGGUCAGAAUAACAUGGGCCCUAACAGCGACGCGAGCAUGUACUCAUCCAGCAGGUACCCAUCGCAGAGGCAUGAUGGCUACAGUCAGCAGUAUCCCAGCAUGCCCUAUGGCAUCCACCCGUCUGGGAUGUACCAACCACAGCAGGGAUAUAAGCGUCCCAUGGAUGGCAUGUACGGCCCCCCACCCAAGAGGCAUGAGGGUGACAUGUACCCACUCCAGUAUCCCAGCCAGCAGCAGGACAUGUACAACCACUAUGGUGGUGGGUUCUCUGGUCCUGACCACAGACACAUGCCGGGCCAGUUCCCCUACUCCUACCCAAGAGACCGCAUGGCACCGUCUGGGCAGGGCCAGCAUAGUAUGAUGACCCCCAACCACGCUGACGGCCCCAAUAUGUGGCCCUCCAGGACGGAGCUGGGUUAUCCGUACUCCAGUCGGGGCCCAUCUCAAAUCCCUCCUUAUGGUAGAGACGACAUGGAUGGGCGCUCCGGGCAAGAACCAUGGCACCGUCAGUCUCCCUACAUGUCCUCUUCAUCUGGUCUGACCCCUCUGACGUCACGCCAGCCCCCGUCCUCUUACUCCAACUCCUCGUCCAUGGUCAACCACUUGUCCCGGGCCCCCAGCCCCGGAGCGUUCCAUCGCUCCAUGGACUCUCGGAUGUCCCCCAGCAAAGCUUCAUUCAUGUCCACCAUGAAAAUGUCCAAGCCUGGGAUGUCGAUGAUGGGCUCACAGGGACCGGGUCCAAUGGGUCAAUAUCCUCCAGGCCUGCGAAGGGACCUGAACUACCCGCCGGGCUCAGUGGAGGCAACCAUGCCAGUCCUCAAGCCUCGGCGGAAGCUCACCUCUAAGGACACAGGAACUCCAGAGGCUUGGCGUGUGAUGAUGUCACUGAAAUCUGGGCUGUUGGCGGAGAGCACCUGGGCUCUGGACACCAUCAACAUCCUGCUGUAUGAUGACAGCACGGUCGCCUCUUUCAACCUCUCUCAGUUGCCGGGCUUCCUGGAGCUCGUGGUGGAGCACUUCCGCCGUUGUCUCAUCGAGAUGUUUGGCAUCCUCGAAGACUAUGAAGUCGAAGUUGUGGAGAGUCGCUCUGAACUCGAGAGUGAUGUGAAGAAACAAAACCCAGAAAACAAAGAGGGUUGUUCGCUCCAGCCUGCAGUGCAAGAGCUGACGCCAGCAGAUGGCGCCAUGGAGACUCCGUCUCCGCCCGGUAUAGCUGAGCCUGAACGACCCGAUGGCAGCAAAAAGAAGGAAGGUGACGAAAAGGAAGAGACUAAAGAAGAUAACGGUAAAGCUGAGAAAGGAAAUGGAGAGGGGAGGAGGGAGACUGCAGAUCAGUCGAUGUCAGAACCAGAAGCUAAACCAAAACAAGCCAGCAAAUACGACAAAUUCCCCAUCAAGAUCGUAGACAAAGAGGAACCAAAAGAAGAUCUGACGGAUAGUUUACGGUACCUGAAGGGCGUCACCAGCGCGCUGCUUCACUGGCAGGCAGGCGGUGGAGACUCCACUGCACACAUUCAAACGCACUUUGACCCCAAGACUGAACCUGAGAAGAUGACCGAAAAGAAACCGGAAGUCAACAAGCAGGAAAACAACGGGUCGAGGAAACAUAUCACUGCAACAAUUGACGACGUGCUGUGUGCCAGAGUGGACGCCCUCUCCAGCGGGCACCCCGCCCGCUCCUUACCCUCCUACCCAUUCAGGGUGCACCCUGAUGGAGAAGAGGAUCACAUUACUCUGUUGGAGGACGAGCCGCGGUGUCUGGACGGGGCACCGCUGUCGACGGUCUCCGCCUGGCAGGACUCGCUGGCCAAGCGCUGCCUCUGCAUCUCCAACAUCGUCCGAGGUUUGUCCUUCAUUCCUGGGAACGAUCUGGAGAUGUCCCACCACCCAGCUCUGGUUCUUCUUCUGGGUCGCCUCCUGCUGCUUCACCACCUGCACCCAGAGAGGAACAGGGCGCCUCCUAGUUAUCAGAGGGAUGAGAAGCAGGAGCCAGGACUGUCCUGCAGCAGGGACGAGUGGUGGUGGGAGUGUCUGGGUCAGCUCCGGGAGAACGCCAUGGUGACUCUGGCCAACAUCUCCGGUCAGCUGGAUCUCUCAAAUUAUCCAGACACCAUCUGUCUCCCGAUCUUAGACGGUCUCUUGCACUGGAUGGUCUGCCCCUCAGCUGAAGCCCUGGACCCCUUCCCAUCAUCCACACCCUACUCCCAGCUGUCCCCUCAAAGGCUGGUUUUGGAAUGUCUCUGCAAGCUCAGCAUCCUGGAUGGCAACGUGGACCUCCUGUUAGCCACGCCGCCUUUCAGUCGGCAGGAGAAACUCUUCACGGUGCUGCUUCGCUACGUGGGUCAAAGGAAGGCUCAAGUCUACCGAGAGAUGGCAGUAGCCGUUCUGUCGCACUUGGCACAAGGAGACCCCACGGCUGCACGAGCCAUCGCCAAGCAGAAGAGCAGCGUGGGCAAUCUAGUGAGCUUUCUGGAGGACGGCAUCAGCAUGACUCAGUACCAGCUGAGCCCACACACUUUGCUGCACAUGGGGCACCAACACAUGGACCCUCCCAGCAUUAACAUGAUGUGUCGGGCCGCUAAGUGCCUGCUGGCCAUGGCCAAGGUGGAGGAGAACAAGAGCGAGUUUGUUCUGUUCGAGAGCCGCUUGCUAGACAUUUCCAUCUCCUCUGUGCUGAAUGCUGGAGUGGUGACCAUUGUCUGUCAGGUUCUGUUCCAUCUGGGCAAACUAUGACAGGAGGACCCUGGCCAUUGACAUUCUUUUCUACUUUUUAUUUAUGAAAAGAAAAUGUUUUUUAAAAAGGAAAUAUCCACAAAAAUAUCUAUAAAUAAUCACUGAAAAGUGGGUUUGGAAUUUUUAUUUCAAUACAGAUAUUUAAUAACCGCAGUGUUUGAUAUUUUGUUGCUUCUUCUGUGGAUUCAUUUCUCAGCCAAAGCUGCCAUCGGACCUCGGUGCUGAAUUUUGUGGUUGAGUCAACAGGUUCUUUUCUGGGUUUUUAUAAAUGCUGUAUUGUUGAGAUUUUGUUAAUGGAGAUUAUUUAUUUAAGAUGUGAUUCUGUACAGCCGUUUGAGGGGAAUAAAAACACUGACUUUUUUUUUUACUGAGAUGGUGACCUGUGCAAUAGUUUGGGAGGACAGCUGCAGUGUGUGACUUCAGCCAUGUGGGGGCAGCAUUGCACCAGCCAAGCAACAUAAGAAUCGCCACCAAACGUGGCGCAUUGACCCCUGAACUCUCCCGAGCACCUCCAUCACUGUACAUAAAACGAUGUGAACACAAUUCUCCCAAACCAAACAAGAGUUCGAGCUUUUAUCGUUGUUCAAAUUUGUUAUUGUUACGAUACAUAUUUUGUUAACGGGUCAAAUACUUGGCAGAUGUAUCUGAUGUUUUGAUGUAAAAUACUGUAUGCAUUGUAUUAUAGCCGAGAAAACAAUCGCUUUGCUUAUGGGAGCGCCGGUUGGUGGGCGGGGAAGGAGACAUGAGUCAAACAGAACACUUCAUAAACUGUCCCACAUCAUCUGUCAACAUGUUUGGAGUCAUGCUCGAGCAGAAAACGUGUAAGUUCAGACCCGUCAUGAACGCUCAUUGUAAACUCUUUUCCGUACGUCUCUUUUUAUUCUGUAUCCACGUUUAUACUCUGUGCUGCACAUGUCACCAGUAAAUGUACAAUGAGACGUUGCAUUAUGUCCAGACAAUCUGAGGCCAAUAAAACAAACAUCAACUGCU